AUGGCGCUGUGGCUGCUGUGGCUGCUGCUGGUGACCGGGGGGGGCAGCGGGGGGGUCCCCCCUGUUCCCCGUGUCCCCCGGGCGGCACCGGAGCCCAGGGCGGUAGCGGAGACCCCCCAGGAGGUACCGGGGUCUCUCCAGGAGGUACCGGAGCCCCCCCAGGCGGUACCGGAGCCCCCCCGGGCGGUGCCGGGGUCCCCCCGGGCCGUGUCGGACGCGGAGCUCCGGGAGUUCUCGGAGCAGCUCCUCGCCGCCGAUUCGAACCGCGCUGGGCCGGGGCAGCUGCAGCUGAACCUGGAGGGUUCGGGCAGCGGGACCUCGAGGCUGUUUUCCUACGUGUCCCCGGAGCUGCUGGCCCGUCCCACCUUCUCGGGGCUGCUGGCGCUGCUGGAUAACUACGAGCCGCGCACGGGCCGGGACGAGGCGGAGUCGGCGGAGGAGCGGCGGGAGCAGCGGCGGUUCCUGGCGGCCGCGCUGGACACGCCGGUCGGGGCUCUGCUCGAGCGCUUCGUCCUCAGCAAGGGGCUGUACCCCUCUGCCGAGGCGUUCCGGGCCGAUCUCCACUCCAUGUGGUUCGGGCUCUACUCUCGCUCCAGUGGCAAAGCUCUGGACUCCUCUGGCUUCGAGCACGUGUUCCACGGGGAGGUGAAGAAGGGCUCGGUGUCGGGAUGUCACAACUGGGUGCAGCUGCAGGCGCUGGAGCGAGCGGGGAGACUGGAAUACCUGGGCUACAGCUGGGACGGGCCCUGGACAUCCUUCCCGGACGUGCUGUCGCUGCAGUUCCGCUGGGACGGGUACUCCAAACCUCGGGGGUCGCUCCUGGUGGGCUCCAGCCCCGAGUUCGACCUGGCGCUCUUCACCGUCUGCUUCCUGGCGCGCCCCGACCGCCCGUGCCACAUCAGCCUGGGGGGCGAAGCCGCCACCAUCCAGACCUACACGUGGGAUAAGCAGCGCCUCGUGGCCUCCGCCUACCCCCUGACCCCCUGAGCCCCCCAAAAAAAACACCCCCGCGACCCCCCCUAACCCCUCAAUAAACACCCCACGGGAUCCCCCGUUCCUGCUUCUGCCUGGGAGGGUGCAGGGGAUGGGGGCAGCGGGAGCCCCCCGGGGGUGCUGGGACCCCCCCAGAGAGCGCUGGGGUGGGCUGUGUGUGCGUGGGAUGGCACACGUGUCCUUAGCGUGUCCGUGUGUCACUGCACGGGUCCGUAGCGUGUCCGUGUGCCCAUACAUGUCCCGACCAUGUCAUUGUGUGUCCGUGUCACUGCACACGUGUCCCCAGGGUGUCUGCACAAGAGCCUCGCGAGUGUCCA